AUGCAUCUGAAAACAAUGACGAAGAGUUUGGAAGGAUACAAAGAGGUAAAGGUGAUCAGAAGGGAGCAAAGAAUCCUAAUUAGUUCUGCGGUUGACAUGACGAGCGGAGAAAAGAUUAUUCUUGAAUCGGUGGAUCUUUCUGGAUUUUCUGAAGACUAUCGGUCGUUAUUGAUGAGUUUUCUAUUAAACCACAAGAUUAACCAUUCUCCUUAUGCCAUGAAAGUUCUAAAGGUUCUUGAAGGGGAGGACUGGAUCUGUGUAGUACAGAAGCAUAUGUCUCUUGGGCCUGUUGAUGGACUUAUCAGAGACCAAAUCUUUUUGAGUGAUGAUUUCAUAUUCUACGUGUUUAUGCAAAUAGUGUAUGCCAUGAAGAUAAAUGGAGAUGAAGGAUGGUUCUGGGACAAGAUGUCUCCGAGAUACAUAUGGCUUGAUGAGGAUGGAAAGGUCCGGAUAUGUUGGGCAGACGUUGUACUGGGGCAUAUGAAAGCUUUAGGGGAGCAGAUAGAAAGGUGGCGCAAGGGAACGGAAUGCGGAAAGGAUGUGAGGCUUCAAAGUAAAAUUGAUGGAGAAUCGGUAUCGUUCAGGAACUUGAGAAAAAUAUUUGUAGAGCUUGCCUUAAAUCCGUCUGAGCCUUCUAGAAUGAUUUACACAAAGGAUAUGGAGGACCUUGAAGACUCUCCACUUGCAGGACAUAAGGAGAAACUUUCCCCGGCUCUAAAUGGAUUUGCAUCACUUUUGUUUGAGGAGAAAGGAAAGGUGAGUGAUCUAGAAGAGUACACUAGAAGGAUGAUCCAGGAGAAGAAGAUAGUUAGCAAUCCUCGGGAGAUAUUCAAACCGUUAAGAAUGAUUAUAGAAGAAAGGAAUAGAGAUGAGGAAUUUAGUACCCUGGAAGGAAUGAAAGAGCAUAGUGGAGGGAUUUUAAAGAUGGAGGAAGGAGAAAGUGCCAGUGGAUCUGAGGAGGGGUGGAAGAGUGAGAGUGGAAGCAAAGGGGAUGAUGAAAGGGUUGGGUCGUUUGGAACAAGAGAAUAUAAAAGAGGCAGAUUCCAUGUAUGUGAAGCAAUUCCAUUAGGAGAGAGGGAGAAGGGAUUAAAGAUGAACGAACAGAUGAAGAGAAUGGUUAGGAUUGUGAGUGUACAGAAUCAACAGAUAAGCCUCCUUACAAAGGUAUUGAAGCAAUCAGGACUCCUAACUAAAGAAGUAGAUGGAGAGCUUUGUGAGUUGGAAGAGUUGAUGAGCUUUCUCUUAUUUGGGAUGGAAAGACAGUAA